UCGAUAUGUGCAUGCUACCACACCCACAUACUGGUGAGGAUAUUGUAACACAAUUGAAAUCCAUUUUAGCAAUUUUUAAUAUUACGACCAAGAUAAUUUGUGCAACUACAGAUAGCAGAUCUAAUGUUGUUUUAGCAAUCCGCUUACUAAAUAUGCAUUUAUCUAUGCAAAACCACCAUUUUUAUUCACAUUUUAAGAAAAUUGGACAGUCAGUUGGCAAAGUUUAUACAUCUAUGCCUAUGACGAUAGCAGCAGUUAUGAGGCAUUAUAGUAAUCUUGCCUAUUAUAGGCUUAGUCAAGAAGAAGAUUCUGAUCUUCAAGCUGUAACCCAGUUUUUACAACCGUUUUAUGAAAUUACAAAUAUACUUUCUGGUAGUACAUAUGUAACAUUAGGCCUUUCCGCUUUAUUAAUGGAUAAUAUAAUUGAUGUUAUUUCAUCAUAUAUUCAAGAUUCAUCAAGUCCCCAAUUUCUUAAAACUGCUGCAAUACAAAUGAUAGAAAAACUUAAUCAAUAUAUGGAUCAUAUCUAUGACAAAGCAGCUUUUAUGGCUUCAAUUCUUGACUCCCGAAUAAAACUUGAAUUAAUGCCAGUUAAUAUGAACACACCAGAAAAUCAGGAUUAUUUUA